CUCCCCCCCCCCCCUUCCCCUUCUCCCCCCUCCCCUCCACACACAGCCCGUCCAGCGCGUGCCCGCGUGCACACCCACCCACCCACACACACGCAGCUCCCUCUGCCCGUCCUCAUCACACAUCACCCGCUGACUGUGCUCUCACGGCGGCUGCCCCCCUCCCGCGCGCGCCGGCUGCCUUUGUCGAGACGCCCCGAGCGAGCGAGCCUCUUCGCCGGCGGUACGGUGCGCGCGUGCCAUGCUCGGCAGCUUCGCCAAUGACCGCCGCGGCAACGCGCCCAUCCUGCCACACCACUAUCGGGCCGGGUAUGGCGGCUACCGGCCGCUGACGCCCGGCCUGGCCGGGCCGCACAUGUCCGGCGGCGCCCCCCGGACCCAGCCGGGCCUCCUGGGCAAGCUGCGCGCGCUGCUGCCCGGCGGCGGCGGCGGCGGCGGCGGCGGCGGGGCUGGCAUCGGCGGCGCGAGUGCCGGGCAUCUGGGCGCCGGCCGCGGGGACUCCGGAUCCCUGAGCGGGCUCGGGGCCCUUGGCACGCCGUACGCCUCGGUCACUGCCAGCGACAGCCGCUGGUUCGACCUGAAGCGGCGCUUCCGCAAGCGCUUCCAGCUGGAAGCGCGCAACCUCUCCCUGCGUAAGGCCCCCUCGCAGGUGCUCUGCCUGGCCCUGCUACUGAUGUCCCUCACCCUGGUGGUGCUGGUGUACCUGGUACAGGGGUCCGCCGGGGGCAUGUGGACUGCCGCGCCGGGUGGCGGGGGGCCGGCAGCAGGCGGGGGGCCGCCGGCCCCGCCGGCCCCGCCGCCGGCGGCCGAGGGCACGCCAGCCCCGGCGCCCGAUGCGGGCAGCCCGCCGCACGGCAGCCAGCCGGCCACGCCAUCCGGGCCGCCACCCUCCGGCGGCCGAGUCCCCGUGGGCGCCGACGGCGACUUCAACACCGCCCGGCUGCCGGACUGGUUGAACCCGGAAUUCCGGUCGGCCGGCGGCGUGGAUGCCGGGGCCCUGACCAAGGUGCCCCCGGCCUGGGCUUCGGCCUGGGCCCCGGAGGGGCCGAUCCCCCCGCCCGCCUGGCUGUCGUCCUUCCGGUCGGCGGUCGACUUUGAUCUGACCAUCGGCGACAUUGCGCCCGGGUUCACGCCCGAUGCGGAUGCCCACUCGCGCCGGUUGCUGGCUCUUUUCCCGAAGGACCAUGCCGGCCGACGGAAGGCCAUCCGUGAUGCCUUCCUCUAUGGCUGGAAUGCGUACGAGGCACUGGCCUUCGGGGCAGACGAAUUGCUCCCUCUGUCGCAGGCCCCACGCAACAACUGGAAUGGCUGGGGCAUCACCCUGGUGGACUCGCUGGACACCAUGCUGCUGAUGGGCCUGGAAAAGGAGUUUGCCCGGGCACGGACCCACGUCGCCCGGCUUAACUAUCGUUCCGGCCCGGGGUUCAAGCCGCUGCUGCCAGACCCGGAGUCCGAGGGGGACAAUCAGCCGUCCGGGUCCAGCGGCUCCUCCCUGGACGACACCCCGGUCCCUGGCACGGACAAGGCUCCGGGACAGAUUUCCGUCUUCGAGACGACUAUCCGCCAUUUGGGCGGCCUGCUCGGGGCGCACUUCCUGUCGGGCGGCGAUCGCCUCCUGCUGGCCAAGGCGCGCGAGCUGGGCGACUCCCUGCUCAAGGCCUUCGACUCGCCGGUUGGCCUGCCCUACCACACGCUGGACAUGCGCACCGAGACGGGCUUCAAUCCCAAUUGGACCGGGAACAACUUCGUCCUGGCCGAGAUCGGCACCGUCCAGGUGGAGCUCAAGUACCUGAGCCAUGUCACCGGCGACCCGAAGUAUGCCACUCGUGCGCAGCACGUCAUCGACACCCUGGAGGAGAUGGGCGACGAGUAUCUGGCCCGCUUCGGCCUGGCCAGUGGCGGUGACGGCUCCGGCGCCGCCCCCUUCGCCAAGAUGGGCCUCCUGACGACGCUGAUUGACCGACGCACAGGCGGCCCGAUGAAUGGUGGCCUGCUCACCGUCGGGGCCCUGUCCGACUCCUACUACGAGUAUUUGCUGAAGCAGUAUCUCCUGACGAACAUGGUUGAGCCGCGCUUCCGGCACCUCUAUGAGGCCUUCGUCGGGGACCUCGAGCGGCACCUGCUCUUCCGACUGCCGAAUGGCGAGCUGUCCACUGGAGCCAAGAAGCUUGGCGCCGCACAGAUGCACUCCACCGAGCUGGAUCAGCUGUCGUGUUUCCUGCCCGGUACCCUGGCUUUGGGUGCCGUGCGUUUGGGCCGACCUCGCGAUCUGGCCAUCGCCCGGGGUUUGCUCCGGACCUGCGUGCGCCUGUACCGCGAGUCGCCUACCGGGCUGGCCCCGGAGGUCGUUCACUUCCAGGGCUUCAGCCCAGCCGGUGGGACGGCUCCCUUUGGCGGGAAGCGCCUCUUCCGCCGGGACCCGGCCUCCGGCCAAAGCCAGGCCUCCUCACCUUCGCCGACCGACGAGCCCACCGGCCCGGCCGAGUUGGCCAUGUCCCCGGUGGAUGGCGACCAGGCGGCGUCACACGAGCGGCCGGCCCGCACGAGCACCGCCGGCAUCGGGCCAUCCUUCGACCACUUGCCCCUGGUCCAGACCGAGCGCGAGGGACCGCUUAUCACCUCGGCCGCGUACAUCCUCCGACCCGAGACCGUGGAGAGUAUCUUCCUCGUGGAGCAGGCCACCUUGCACUUCGGCCUGCCAGCCGACCCGGCCUACAAGGAGUGGGCGUGGGACAUCUUCCAGUCAAUUGAGCGCUUCUGCCGGCUGCCAGCCGGCCGUGGUUACGCCACCCUGGCCGACGUGACGGAUCUCUCCAGAAACAACCACACCGAUAGAAUGGAGAGCUUCUUCUUUGCCGAGACAUUGAAGUACCUGUAUUUGAUCUUCAGCGAGAAGGUGCACUUCCCCAUUCAUCGGGUCGUCUUCACGACCGAGGCCCAUAUGUUGCCGGUCAUCGUUGACCCGGCCAGCCCGGCUGUGACGACCGAUGCCCUCGGCGCGCGCGAGGAAUAG